CGAAAACGAAAAAAUCUCCCAAAACCAUUUACCAUUUCCGACAUUAUUCUCAGAAACUUAAUGUUUAAGUGUGAAGGAAUUAAUUAACACUACUAGUAUUCCCGGAAACUUAAUAUACAAGUGUAAAGUUCAACUGCUCGCUCGGAUUAAAUAAUGUAAGACCGAGACCCUCAAGUCAAGCCAUUGACCCAGAAAAUAACACGUAAAUGGUCCGAAACCUCCUUGCAAUUUUGUUGCAAAGGGAUGAUAACAAAAGAUAUCUUACCUUCCUUGAUGUCCCUCUCCAUAUAUAUAUACCUUUAGUUUGCUCAUAAAAAAAGAAAGAAAACCAGAGUAAGAAGAAUCAAUGGAAGACGCCAUUUAUGUUGCAGUGAAUCAAGAUGUUCGAGAAAGUAAAAAAACUUUGUUAUGGACAUUGAAAAAUCUUCAAGUCAAGAAGAUUUUCCUUCUUCAUGUUCAUCUUCCAUUUUCGUUGACCACUUCCUCAAGUAGGUUUGAACAAAGUGAGAUCGAUGCAAUCCAAGAUUCAGAACUGAAUACUUCAGUUAAUAGCCUCUACAAGUACCGUGAUAUCUGCAUAAACAAAGGAGGGGUUAAUGAAGAAGAUGUGGAUACAUCAUUGAUCUCAGGACAUGAUGUGGGGGAAGGGAUUGUGGAACUCAUGUAUCAAAACAAUAUCACGAAGCUGGUUAUGGGAGCAGCAGCUGAUUCUCACUAUUCCAGGGGAAUGUCCAUCACAUCUAGGAAAGCAGAGUAUGUGAGUCAACAUGCACCACGUAGCUGUAAAAUAUGGUUCAUCUGCAAGGGGAAACUCAUCAAGAAAAGAGAAAGAAGUUUCGACAUCGGGAAUCCAUCAGACUCAUUCUCAGAAUUCUCUACUUCUGCUGAGAAACCAAUUAGCAAAGGAAGAAGAAGGGAUGAGGAAUAUGAAACCGAGUCACCUAAAGAACAUCCAGUUUGGAUACUAGAACCCGAGGAAUCACCAAAGAAAGGAAGGAAGGAACCUGCAGAGAAGUCAAAAAGCAAUGGGAGCGAUGAAGACUCACGUCUCGAAGAUUUCAAGUGUCCCAUUUCAAUGGAGAUAAUGCGAGAUCCUCAUGUGGCCGCUGAUGGUUUCACCUACGAGGCAGAGGAAUUCAGAAAGUGGCUAAGGUCAGGAGGUCGAACCUCGCCAAUGACAAACAAGCCGCUUGAGAAUCACAAUCUUGUUCCAAAUCACACUCUUCGUAUAAUCAUUAAAGACUGGCUCGAGAAGAACCCAAAUCAUAAACAUUGAUUCAUCUUAUAUGAGAAAAAACAAUAAAAUCAAUGAUCAUGAUAUGAUUUUGGGGAUUUCUUUGUGAGAAAACAAAUAUGUAUAUGCUAGAAGAACUUCAUGUAUCUUACUGUUACAUCCAUGGCGUAUAUUAAUGCGAUCCUCUACUCUAUGCAUCAA